GUUGCUACUCGUGUCAUAUUACGAAUUAUAGUAAUUAGCUGCCUCAACGUAUAGACGUUGAACUACAAAUUCAAAGGAUCAGAGAACCUUACGUUUCUUUAAAAUUAUGAAAAAGUCAACUGAUGUUCCUCCUCCGGCCUAUUCUGCUACUGAAAAGCCUUUCAAGCCCUACAGAGACAAAUCAGAGGAUGACGAAAAUGACUAUACACCUUAUGAGCCGCCAUCUCCUCCUUCAUUUGUAGGCAAACAUACUACAGAGGUUGCGAGUAUUUCACUUCAUGAACAUGAUAAACUUCGAUUUACGAAUUUUCCGUCUCCGCUUUUGGAUGGAGCUGUGAUUCUAAUUCAACAAUAUUGGCCCCGGGGAGUUCGGAGCCAGCGGAAGUAUGGCCCUUCACAUGAAAUCAGAAUGUCUGGCGCUCCUUGGCUUGCAAGCGGAUUUGGUACAAUUCAUGUCCAACGUAUAGUGAAAGAACUCAUUGCUUACAUGAUGAGUCAUGACUGGAAACUUUACAUAUUAUGUAAUGUUUCUGAGAAAAUGGGCUCCUUGGACAGUUGGUUCUUCUUACACAUCCCUGGUUUAGCUGCUGCUACGAUAACUCCUCAAAAGGAGUGGUCGGUCAUUACAUUCGAACAUUCCGAUCGCAUUCGUAUCAUUGAUGGUUCCCAACGCUUAAUUUCCAUUGUUCACAGUGCUUGCCUGCAACAUUGGUAUCGUGGUUUGCAAACAUUCCGCCUUUAUCGAGGUACAGUGCCUGAAUGUAAACUUCGUGGAUAUCCAUGGGCUGCAAAUGGGCCCGAGACCAUGUACGUUCGUCUCUUCAUAGCGACGCUUAUUGAACUUUUAGAAACUGCGGGUUACUCUAUUGUCGGCACGCUCAAUAUCUUUCGAACAGAAGAUUACUCUUUUCCUGAUUCUUGGGUCCUUUUACAUCCUUAGUAUGUUCAUGCCAUUCUUUCCAAAUUCCAUUCAAUUCGUAACUUGGAUCCCUUUUUCUUCCCAUGUCCUUAAUAGGUUAUGCAACUACUUAUUCCUUCCUUUGAAUAGUACCACCCUAAAUAGACCCCUUUUUCAAUAUCAAAGAUUUAUUUAUCUAUCAAUCCUCUGAAUUUUGAUUUAGAAUCCGUCCGUUGAAAUAUUCUCGAACUUGUUCGUUUUUGCUUCUCGUUCGCUAUACAAACUAUGUAUAUAUGUUUACUUUUGUUUUGGGUUCUCUUGAUCACAAUAUAAUCAGUAAGUAUACGAUUUGACUUGUCUUAUUUUGGAGGCCAUAUAUUAAUGUAUCUUAUGUUUUGAUUUGUUUAAAGACUAAUUUACUUUUCGCGAUUCGAUUCAUGCGUCCUUUGUCGGUUUAAAAACACUACUUACUACUUAAUAUUGAAUUUCUCAAGCAAUCUAAAAAACUAAUAUAAAACUCUUAACAAGUCUAGAAUAAAAUGUUUUUUACUUCAGACAUUACAAAGAAAA